AUGCCAGUCAAAUCUGGCUAUAUCAUUACGCUACCACUCAUAGAGAAGCCCAACCAUGUGCUGUCUCUACCCGCCGGCGGCUGUACUUCAGUCUUAAAACCGGUUGCGGAUGGGCCAACGCGGAGUCGAGGUAAAGUCGAAAUAGGUAUAUACCAUCGCCAGAAUCCGCUGGGAAAUCAGGCACAUGCCUCAGGAGAUCGAGAAAUCUAUCUAGCGUGCUGCGGCACAGAUAUCUACUCAAGUACCGAUGUGACUGAAUAUCACGCACCAACGGAGCGUCUUUGGUUCAAUCGAGAGAUUGGGAUGGAUGGGAUGAGAAAUGGGCUGGGAACCGAGAAGAGGGGGAGCAUCUGCAUACGUACCCACGCGAGAGUUGGCCAGCUAGAGUAG